AUGAAUAUUUCUAAAACAACCCAAAAACUUGGUUCUAUCUUGAAGCAAAGUCGUCAGAGCACAUUUCGAUCAUCGUUCUCUGGUGCAGGAAAGAUAUCAUCUGCUCAUGGAGUACAACAUACCUUGCUCUGCAUUAACUCACCUACGAACGCCAUCAUUAGACGACAAUAUCACGAAAAAGUACUUGAUCAUUAUUCUCGACCUCGAAAUGUUGGAAGCAUGUCCAAAACCGACGCAGAUGUCGGCACCGGACUAGUGGGAGCGCCCGCAUGCGGCGAUGUUAUGAAAUUACAGAUAAGGGUUGAUCCUGCCACGAAAAAGAUUUCAGACGUCAAAUUCAAAACUUUUGGAUGUGGAUCAGCUAUUGCUUCCUCAUCAUACCUUACUGAAUUAGUGAGAGGAAUGACGCUUGAUGAGGCAGGUCGAGUUAGGAAUACAGAAAUUGCAAAAGAACUAUGUCUUCCUCCAGUCAAACUUCAUUGUUCUAUGUUAGCGGAGGAUGCUAUCAAGUCUGCAAUCUCUAACUACUACACUAAGAAUCCAAAUGCGUCCCCGACUAAUCUUGGUGGAACCAGCUCGAAACUUCCACAAAUCGAAAGAGAAAACCGGGUAGAUCCAGCACUAUAG